UUCUUGUCGUCACGACUCUUCCUUUCCCCCCUUAGGCAAAAAGCGCUUCAGGGCUUUUCUACCACGAAUUUAAUACAUUUUUAUGAGGUCAACAAAUUGAUUUUUACGAUUUUUUCUCAAUUUUCACGCGAUUUGCACAAAAACGUAUCAAUUUUUGGGUUUUUUCGUUCCAUUGCUCGGUAUGUUUCGUCACGUGCUUCGGCUACAACGUCAAAAUACACAAUAAUGUAAAUUGUAAUUUCCCGCGAACGAAAGUAUGGACAAACUUGAGUACAGAGCUGUUAUUAAAUUUCUAACAAAAGAAAGGACAGCACCAAGUGAUAUUCAUAAGCGUCUGCAGGCUGUCUAUGGGAAGGACGCUCCAUCACGUUCAACGGUAAAAGCGUGGGCACGACAAUUUCGCCUUGGAAAACAAUCCAUAGGCGACGAACCCCGCAGUGGACGACCAGUGGAGGCGACUGGUGACGAUAUGGUGUUAAAAAUUAAUGAACUCAUCACAGAAAACAAUCAAUUAACAAAGAAGCAACUAGCCAAUAUGCUCAACAUUUCCAGUGAACGUGUUUUAUGGAUUUUGCAUGACAAAUUAGGUAUGAACAAGGUUGCCGGUCGGUGGAUACGUUCAACAAGCUCAACAAGCAAAAACCAGCAACAAGAUCACAAUGAUGAAGGUGAUUAAUGUCAAGAUCUGAAAAAUGUUGAUCUGAGAUUUAAUUAAAAACACCAUUAUUUGCUGAAGUAGGAGCAUCAUUCUAUAGGGCAAUUGAUAAAGUACCUAAUGUAAGCUCUACUCUACAAUCUAAUCACUCAAUGAAAAAGCCAAGCCUCCAACUUCAAUACCCUGCAGAUCAUCUCAUUAAUUUUCUUAUCAAUAAUGGAGUCUAUAGAGUUUGUUUUCCAUCACAAUUUAUUAUCUCCUGAGAAA